AUGUGGAGGAGGAGCAGCGCAGCCCCGGUGCUGGUGCUGGCGGCGUGGGCGGUGCUGCGUGCCGCGGCUGCUCAGCCGGGGGCGGGGGAGCAGCUGGUGCGGCGCAAGAGGAUCGUCGGCGGAGACCCCGCCCCGCAGCCGCCCGCCGACGACCCAGCGGUCGUCAUCUACCGCGGCGACGAGCAGGCCACGCUGCGGGGGGUGCGCGAGGGCCCCUACUACGCCUUCAGGGGCAUCCGCUUCGCCGAGCCCCCCGUCGGCAGGUUCAGGCUUCAGAGACCUCGAAGAGCUUUUCUUUCUGGUACAUACAGUGCCACAAAGCCACCUCCUCCGUGCCCUCAACCAGAUCCUAGAGGAACAGGUGGCAUUGUUGGAAGUGAAGAUUGUCUAUUCCUGAAUGUCUUCACACCAAAACUUCCAGAUGGAAGUAGUGGAUUACCAGUGCUGUUUUGGAUUCAUGGUGGUGGUUACCGUCGUGGCUCAGCAUCUCAAUAUGGAGUGACACCACUAUUGAAUAAAAAUGUAGUAGUUGUUACUAUACAAUAUCGUCUUGGAACAUUGGGUUUUCUGAGUGGUGCAUCUAAAGAACUCCCAGGAAAUGUUGGACUUUUUGAUAUGUCUUUGGCUCUUGAUUGGGUUCGUGAUUACAUCAAAUUCUUUGGAGGAAAUCCAGAUCUUAUUAAAGCAUGUGGGCAAGGCACUGGAGCUAGCAGUGCAAUACUAUUGUCACUGUCCAAGAUAUCACAAGGAUUUCUGGGUGGUAUCAUAGCUCUAAGUGGGACAGCAUUGUCAGCUUUUGCAGUUGAUAAUGAUCCUCUGGGAACAGCUAGAGAUUUAGCUACAAAAAAUGGCUGCCCGGUAUCCCCCAUGCUUGCAAUGGUACGAUGUUUACAAGAACUUCCUGUGGAAUCACUUAUAAAGGCUGAUUCAAACCUUCAGGAUGCUAGACUUUUAGCAAAGGGACUUAUUGCUGGUUUAAAAGGAUUACUUGGGCCUGCUCCUGUUGUUGAUGGUGCACAUGACAACAGGUUUAUUCCCAGUUUCCUUCAGGAUGAACCACUUAAUAUUCUCAAGUCUGGAAAUUUUCCAAAAAUACCACUGCUGACUGGAAUCACAAAAGAUGAAACAUCAACUGCUAUACUAGGUGAUUACCAGAAUGAUAUUUUGGGAAAGUUAUCAACAAUUCCUAAUUACGCAAACCAGAUAGUUGAUGGCCUUGGAGCCUCCAUAACAUCAGUUACCAAUGCUACAAAGCAGCUGACAUCAAUUUCCUCAAUUUAUUUCAAUUCUGGUGUUCUUACAAAUCCGGAAAAAAUUAUUAACAAAUUAAUAGAGGCAACUGGGGAUGCACUAUUUAGUCUCCCAGCUUUUGAGACUUCACAAUUGUGGUCAGAUAAAUUUCCUACUUACCUGUACAGUUUUGAACACAAAGGGAAGCAGAAAGGUGGACCUGAGUUCCUCACUGGUCUUCCAUUAGUCCAACAGACACUGACACCAGCUCCCAAUGAAGGUAUUGGACAUGGAGAUGAUUUGCCCUUUUUGUUUGAUGCAUUGCCACUUGAUGGAAAUAAAAUACCUGGAACUAGUUUUAAACUUACGGAUCCUGAUGACCUUGCAGUGCAAGACCUGAUGACAUCAUACAUAGCAGAGUUUGCAAAAACUGGAGUCCCUGUCAAUGGUACUUCAGAUGGUAAAGGCACCUGGUUGCCGUUUAGUAGAUCAAACAACAACUAUCUGCAAAUAGCAAGAAACCCCAUGCCAGCUAAGGAUUUCCGUUUCUGUCAGCUGGCUGCCUGGGCUGGAAUAGCGGAACGUCUGCAAACAACAUCGUGCCAGGCUUUCAACGUCGCUAAGGAUCUUGCUGGCUCUAUUACAGAUGUCAAAAUAGUACCUGUUGCUGUUCCACUUAACACACACAUUUUACCUUUUGGAGGAUAGUUGGAAUCUCUCAAAUGACUCAUUCUCUCAUGGACGAAAUAAGAAGCAGUGCUUUAUGAAAUAACUUCACUUAAGCAAACUUUAAAGACCUGCUGUUUGUGAUACCUUUGAUAUUAGUGCUAGAUAAAUUUACCGUUAUCUGUAAACUUCAUGUUGCAGUUGAUUUAACAAUGAAACUUCAUUUCUUGUUAAAGUUUUUAUUUUAUUUUCUGUACUGAAGAAAAAUAUAUUUUCUUCUGUUAAGUAACUUUUUGAUAACUCCUCUCUGCACACUGAUAAUGCCGGUAUGCUGUUGUCAAAAGUGUUCACAAUAAUAAUAGCAUAAAAUUAUUUCUCUGCCAUUACUGAUUAAUAUUUACAGUAAAGAAGGAAGAUAUUAAAUACGUUAUGUCUCCAAAGUUCUCUAGUAUUUUUUCAUGGUGUAGAUUAACAAAUAUUUUAGAUUACAGCAGUUUAACUCCAUACAUUUCAAAACAAAUGUUAAAAAGUAUAAUUGUGCAUCUUUAAUAUUAAAUGCAACAAAUUUGCUGCUUCUUGAUACUUUUAUUCAGCAGAAAAAUCAUCCACUAUUGGUGUUAUAAAUUACAGUUUUGGAUGACAUGUCCUUUUUUUCUUUGCAUUAGUUUGUGAGACAUUAAGGAUUAUAGAUGAGUUUUUUCUCAAAUUCAUCAUUCGAAAAAUGCAGGGUUAUCUUAUAUUUGUGCAUUCAGUGUUUUUGCAAUGGGCUGUCUUGCAUUUUACAGAUGAAGCUUUGGCAAUUGAGCCCACAUGUAGAUUUAAUUUGAAGAAUUCACCAGAGUUGGGGGGGGGGCAGUGCUACCAGCCUGGCUGAGAAGUAUGGUGAAAAUGUGGACUGCCGGAGAUGGUAAAAGUCACGUGAGACCUGCAGGCAGAUGUCAUGUUUGAAAGCAAAAGACAAAGAAACAGUGUCACAUUCUCACAUCAAUACAGAUGUGAAAUCGUCUAUGUAUUCUGAAAAAAAGCUGCAUUCUUGAGUCCCACCACAACUACAACUGAGGAAACUGCAACAUGUUCAGAAGAUACAGCCAAAUAUUUGUGACCCCCAUGAUUAAAAAUUGUGAUACCACAGACGACUAUCUGAGAUAGUAAACAAAAAAGGAAGUGAAGAUAAAAAUUAAUGUAAACCAUUUAUUUUUAUUUAUUUGAUUUCUCCUUGUAUUAUCAAAAUCUAGACAGUCAAUAAAUGGCAUAGAAUGGAA